CUAUGGGAAACCUGUCCCAGGACUUGCAACUGCGAGCCUGUGCAGAAAAUUACUUCAUCAUUCCAUUGUCAAAAGAACGAGUUCUGUGAGAAAUUCAGUCAAGAGCUCGACAGCAAUGGCUGCAUCACCCAACAAGUAAACACAAAUGUACUCCAGAUUAAAAACAUGGGUUUUGAAAUGAAACUUAAAGUGGAAGCCAAGAUCAGAGAAGAGGGAACAGACAUAGUACUUACUGGAAACGGGACCAGUGAAAUCACAAAUACUGUAACCAGACUCAAGUUCGUGAAAGUGGAUUCACACUUUAGACGAGGAAUCCCCUUCUUUGGACAGGUGCUUCUGGUGGAUGGGAAAGGUGUACCCAUCCCCAAUAAACUUAUCUUUAUCUCUGCAAGUGAAGCCAAUUAUCUUUACAAUGCAACUACCAAUGAACAGGGUCUUGUACAGUUUUCCAUCAAUACCACUAACGUCUUGGCCAACAAAAUUUCUGUUGUGGCCUUCCACGAGCAAACUAGCUUUUGUUUUAACUAUGUAUGGUUAAGAGAAGAACACCAGGGUGCUCAGCACCUUGCGAAGCACGCUUUCUCCUUCAGCGGGAAUUAUGUUCACCUGGAGCCUGUGGCCGGUACCCUGCCCUGUGGCCAAACUCAGAUUAUCAAGGCAUACUAUACACUCAAUGGGCAGGCCCUUGGGGAACCAAAAGAGCUCAUUUUCUAUUACCUGUUCAUGGCUAAGGGAAACAUCAUCAGAUCAGGAACGCAUGCUGUGCCUAUAGAGCCGGGAGACAGGACAGGCAGCUUUUCCUUAUCCUUCCCUGUGGAGUCGGACGUUGCUCCCAUCGUCCGAUUGUUCAUCUUUACUAUUUUACCGGACGGAGAAGCUACUGGAGAUUCCGAGAGUUUUGAGGUCGAAAACUGUCUAGCCAACAAGGUGGACUUGAGCUUCCGUCCAGCACAGAGUCUCCCGGCCUCACAUGUGCACCUGCGAGUCUCAGCUUCUCCUCAGUCCCUCUGCGCCCUCCGUGCCGUGGACCAAAGCGUGCCGCUGGCGAGGCCCGAAGCUGAGCUGUCCCCGGCCUCGGUAUAUAAUCUGCUAACGAUGAAGGAUCUUACUGGUUUCCCUGACAAACUGGACCAGCAGGAAGAAGAACAUGCAAGUUGUAGCAAUCCUUAUAUCAUUCUUGAAGGAGCCAUCUACAUUCCCCUAGCAAGUUAUGAUGAAGAAGAUAUGUAUGACUUCCUAAAGGGUAUGGGAUUAAAGGUGUUCACCAACUCUAAAAUCCGAAAACCACGGUCGUGUUCAGUGAUCCAACCACCUGGAGGAGCGGAAAGGCAAGGAAUGUAUGGAGUGGGAAUGGCAGCGAGUCCAUACAGUCCUCAAUUUGACGCAUAUAAUAUAAUGCCCAUAAAUAAUCCAGAGCCAGUCUCCGAAACCGUACGGACUUAUUUCCCUGAGACCUGGAUCUGGGAGUUGGUGGCCGUGGACGCAUCAGGUGUGGCUGAAGUGGGAGUGACAGUCCCUGACGCCGUCACGGAAUGGAAGGCAGGGGCCCUCUGUCUGUCCAAUGACACUGGGCUUGGUCUCUCGCUUCCCGCCUCCCUCCGCGCCUUCCAGCCCUUCUUUGUGGAGCUCACAAUGCCCCACUCUGUGAUCCGCGGAGAGACCUUCACGCUCAAGGCCACUGUCCUAAACUACCUUCCCAAAUGCAUCCGGGUCAGUGUGCAACUGCAAGCUUCCCCAGCCUUCCUACAAUCCCAGAAUGAAAAGGGACAGGAAUCUCAUUGCAUCUGCGUAAAUGAGAGGCGAACCCUGUCUUGGGCGAUAACUCCCAAAACACUGGGGAGUGUGAACUUCUCGGUGAGUGCAGAGGCAGUGCCGUCCCUCGAGCUGUGUGGAAAUGAGACUGCUGAGGUCCCUGAGAUGGGGAGAAAAGACACGGUCAUCAAAACCCUGUUGGUGGAGCCUGAAGGUAUUGAGCAAGAAGAGACUUUCAACUUUAUGAUCUGUGCCUCAGGCACUGAAACAUCUGAGCAGUUAUCUCUGAAGCUCCCACCUAACGUGGUCAAAGAAUCGGCCAGAGCCUCCUUUUCAGUUUUGGGUGACAUAUUAGGUUCUGCUAUGCAAAAUAUACAGAAUCUCCUCCAGAUGCCCUAUGGCUGUGGAGAACAAAACAUGGCCCUCUUUGCUCCGAACAUCUAUGUUUUGAACUAUCUGAAUGAAACCCAACAGUUGACCGCAGAGAUCGAGUCCAAGGCCCUCAGCUAUCUUAUCAGUGGUUACCAGAGACAGCUGAACUACAAACACCAAGAUGGUUCCUACAGCCCCUUUGGACAGCAAUAUGGCAGGAGCCAGGGCAACACUUGUCGGACCACAAAAGAAAACGAGACGAAAUCAAUGACCCAGAAAGUGGUGGAGAAGCUGGGCGAGGGAGGAGUAGAAGAUGAAGUGACCCUCUCUGCCUAUGUCACUAUUGCUCUUCUGGAAAUUCCUCUCUCUGCUACUCACCCGGUUGUUCGCAAUGCCCUCUUCUGCCUGGAGUCUGCCUGGAACACGGCAAAGGAGGGGACCCAUGGGAGCCAGAGCUACACCAAGGCGUUGUUGGCCUACGCUUUUGCCCUGGUGGGAAAGCCAGACAAGAAGAGAGAAAUACUGGACUCUCUUAGGGAGGAAGCUGUGAAAGAAGGCAACUCAGUCCACUGGGAGCGACCUGAGAAACCCAGGGCACCAGUGGGGCCUCUUUAUCAGCCCCAGGCUCCCUCAGCUGAGGUGGAGAUGACGUCCUACGUGCUCCUCGCUCACCUCACGGCCCAGCCCGGCCCGACCUCCGAGGACCUGACUUCGGCCGCGGGCAUCGUGAGCUGGAUCCUAAAGCAACAGAAUGCCCACGGGGGCUUCUCCUCCACCCAGGACACGGUGGUGGCUCUCCAUGCCUUGUCCAGAUAUGGAGCAGCCACAUUCACCAGGACUGAGAAAGCUGCACGGGUGACCAUUCGGAAUUCACAGACAUUUUUCACGAAUUUCCAAGUGGACAAAACCAACUUCCUGUUACUGCGUCAGGUCUCAUUGCCAGAGCUGCCCGGGGAAUAUGCCAUAACGGUGACUGGAGACAGAUGCGUGUAUCUUCAGGCAUCCAUGAAAUACAAUAUUCUUCCAGAGAAGGAGGACUCCGCAUUUACUCUGAAGGUGCAGACUGUACCCCAAACUUGUGAUGGACCCAAAGCUCACACCAGCUUCCAGAUCUCACUGAGUGUCAGUUACACAGGGAGCCGCCCUGUCUCCAAUAUGGUGAUUGUUGAUGUGAAGAUGGUAUCUGGUUUUAUCCCCUUGAAACCAACAAUAAAAAUGCUCGAAAGAUCUAGUCAUGUGAGCAGGACGGAAGUCAGCAAUAAUCAUGUCCUCAUUUAUGUGGAACAGGUAACAAAUCAGACACUCAGCUUUUCCGUCACGGUUCUGCAAGAUAUCCCAGUAAGGGACCUCAAGCCAGCGAUUGUCAAAGUCUAUGAUUACUAUGAGCCAGAUGAGUCUGCCAUUGCUGAGUACAUCGCCCCCUGCAGCACAGAUGCAGAGCAUGGCAAUGUUUGAAGACCGUAUUUAGGCUCCAUAUUUUGUUGGAUUCCCUGUCCUAUACUUCUGUUGAGAAGAAAUGGAGUCGUUUGUGUCUGUGAAACAGACAUCAAAGAGGCUUGCUGAAUAAAUAUGUUUCUGGUCAAGCU